GCGGAGGUGCAACAGGCCUUGGUCGAGGCCCUGGUCCAGUUCGGCUACCCAGAGGGAUCGCCGCAGCACCGGGAGGUCUAACGAGCGGUCGCCAAGCUCCACACGAGGAAACCUCCUUUCGAUGAGCUCACCAUGCGGCGAGCUAUGGAUACCUUCGAUCACCCUGCCAUUUUUUGGUCAUCGAAGAAGGCGAAGUUCCCUCACACGACCGUGUUUGCAAGCACGAUCCUUCAUAUUUGGGCGACCGCAUCACCGUGCGAGAGAGCCUGGUCUCAUUGGAACUUCAUUCAUUCGAAAUCUCACAAGAGGUUGGAGGUUCCCCGGGCAGAGAAGCUUGUGCGGUGCCACUGGAACCUCAGGCUACUCGAUCGACCUUCGUUGUGCGACGAUGGUGCUGGAGAGAGGUCCGUCAUCUUCGGGAAAUGGGUGCAUUAUUGGCAGGCCGUGGAGGACGAGGCGGUCGUGGACCAGCAGCUCGUCAGAGGCACCGGGGUGUUGGCAAAGGUGACUGAGGAGGAGUUGAGCCUCGCCAGAGAGAGGAUGCGCGCCGUUUCCCACAUGGGAGCCGAGCGUCGGGUGGCGGAGUCGGACAGGAGGCGACGCAAGGCCGAAGGUCGGGAACGUGGCGGCCGUGGACGAGCAGGUGUGGGAGGACUGACAUGUGGCGAUGUGCGUUCCGCUUCUCGGACUCGGCGACAACGGGCAAACGGUUACAUUCGCUGGGCCCGCAUGCGUUGGGACGAGGGAGACUUCUUGUUCGACAGCACAUCCAGGGACGACGACGAUUUCUUUGCGUUGGGCACACAUGCGGCCACAGAUGAUGAUAGAGGCGACGGUGAUGACAGAGGCGAUGGUGGAAGCGGGGUUGAUGACGACAGGGGCGAUGGUGAUGGUGGCGGAGGCGAUGGUGGAGGCGAUGGUGACGACGGAGGUGAUGGUGACGGUCCUGGCGGCACUUACGGGGCAGGUGACGGUGGAUGCGAGGGCGUACGACGUGAUGGUGGUGACAGAGGCGGGGGCAGUGGAGGCGAUAGCGGAGGGGGGGGGGGGGGGGGGGGGGGGGGGGGGGUGAUGAGGGGGGAGAUGGUGGAGGCGGUGAGGGGGGGGGUGAUGGUGGAGGGAGCGGGUGCGUUGAGACGCGGGGGCAGACGGGAUGACAAAAUUGUGUCUCGUGUGAGAAGACGUCGUGUCCUCAUUGCGACCGACACGGGGGCACGUGUCAUGCGGCAGGACCCGGUUGUUGUGUCAGAGGACGACAUGGGAGAUCCUUCGAACGAGAUGCGGCGUGACGUGGUUCACGUAGAGGCGCAAGCCUCGCCCGUAGUGGCGAUGGUGACGAAGGAGGAUAGUGGAGUCAGGAUCACUCAUCCCUGGUCACCAGCGCCGGUUGUUGGCACUAAGAAGGAGACGGAGUUUGGAGGACCCGGUCCACUCUAACAGGCGAAGACCCGAUCCACUCCACCAGGCGCCCCAGUCCACUCCACAGG